AUGGCAGGGGUGAAUGGAGAUCGUAAAGGAAAAAAAGAUGACAAUGGUAUUGGAACAGCUAUUGACUUCAUGCUUUCCAACGCUAAGCUUGUGCUGGGGGUUGGAGGGGCAGCCAUGCUUGGCAUUGCAACACUAGCUGUCAAAAGAAUGUAUGACCGUGCCAUAAGUGCUCCCACCAGCCCCACCAAGAUGGAGCAGACAGGAAAAAGAAGUUGGGAGGAGCCUGCCUGGAUGGGGUCAUCACCACGGGUACUGAACCAUGACAUGAAGUCGACAGUUAGCAGGUCGCUCCAGUCUCUGCCCACUUCCUCACAUGCAUUUGAACCAGACUGUCUGCGGAGAGCUGUAGGUCGCUCUGCUGUGGGAGGAAGUGGUGCCACUCAGUCCGACCUGCUGCGGGCUCGGAUGCGCCUGUCUUUGCAGGAACAUCUGUGGGAGUUUUAUCAGAACAACGUCAACAUCCCUGCUGAGGAGCAGGCGAUGGCCAGAAGGGCGGCGCUAGACAUCUGCGCUGAGCUGCGGGUGUUUCUUCAUGCCAAACUGCCGGACAUGCCGCUCAGAGAGAUGUACCUCAGUGGCAGCCUAUACGAUGACCUCCAGGUGGUGACAGCCGACCAUGCUCAGCUGAUGGUGCCUCUUGUCUUGGAGAAGAAUCUGUGGUCGUCUGUUCCAGGGGAAGACACCAUCAUGAACGUCCCAGGUUUCUGGCUUGUCCGCAGAGAAAACUUGGAAUAUUUCCCACGGAACAGCAGUUACUGGGACCGCUGCAUGGUUGGAGGUUACCUCUCCCCUAAAUCAGUUCUUGAGGUCUUUGACAAGCUUGUCGCUGGCUCCAUCAACUGGCCAGCUAUUGGGAGCGUUCUCGACUACAUCAUCCGUCCUGUGGUUCCCUCUGAGACGCUGACCCUGGAGGUACAGUUCGAGACGGACCGGAGGCUGUAUGUAGACUUCUUGCCUUUGCUCGUGAUGGAGGAUGGAACCUCGCUGAUUGCCAAACCGCAUCGGCUUACUGCAGAGCGCCACGAAAACCUGUGGCGGCAGAGCUUCCGCGUGGCGGAGACGGCGCGGCUCAGGGCGCUGGAUCAGGAGGACGGGGGCUGCCGGUGCACCUGCCUGAAGGUGGCGAAGGCUGUGUGCAAGCUUAACCCCGCUCUUAACCUGCUCAACGCCAGCCAGCUCACCAAUGUCAUCUUGUUGCUGAGCGAAAAGGAAGGUGACUGGACACAGGAGGCGCUGGCCGACCGCUUCCUUCAGCUACUACGAGCACUAGUGGGACACUUGGAGAUGGGAAGGCUACCAUGUGCCCUCAGUGCUAAAGUUAACUUAUUUUGUGAGCUGACUGAACAGGAAGUGGAUGAGCUGGGUUAUACCCUCUAUUGUGCUCUGUCAGAUCCUGAGGGGCUGCUGAGAACUGCCGUGGAACAGCGUCAGCAUCCAUAACAAGCACUCAAAUGUCAGCCGGUUGUUGAGCCAAAACAGGCUCCUUGAGAAAGCACCUGCAUGGAAUAAUCACCUCACAUGCAACGCCCUUGAUUCUUGAUACCUCUGUAAUACAUCUGUGAGUAAAUAUGAGACAGUAUCAGCUACUUAAGUGUUGCAACAGCUUGACUCUAACAAUGAAAGCUGUUUCUGUUGCGAUCCAAAUAUUUUAACCUCUGAAAAAAUUGGAGGCCUGCUGGAGUGGAUGACUCUCCUUAAAGCCAUUGUAUUAAUGAAGUUUAGUGUUGGCAUGCUCUGCUGAAUUAUGUCGGAUUGAGCGAACUCUGUAUUGGUUGCUUCAUAUAAAGAAGACAUGAAAUCAGCCAUAUAUGAGUUCCUUUUAACUGUUUUGGGGAGUUUUGGGGUGCAGACAUUUCUGCCGGGUACAUGCAGCUACAUCAAUAGAAUAUAUGUUGAUUGUGUGUAUGCCGAACAAAAUGAAAUAAAUUGUUCAUCAGCCUAAAAGACUCAUCAUUCUCGAAUAAAGAAACAAGCUAAAAGUCUUUUCUGGCUAACUUUGCUUUAAAAAGAAAAAAACUUGAGUUGCAUAUAAAGAGUUUAGCUAGCAAGUCUUCAUUAAUACAGUGGCUGAAUUAAUGACGUGUGCUUUACAUGUUACAUGUGGAAACAGUGUUUUGAAUGUCUGCAGUUUGCAUGUGUUACUUCUAGAAGUUGAACAGGUUAAUAUGCAGUUAUAUGUUGUUUGUCUCCACGCCGUUGGACCAUAGAUCUGCUAUAACGUGAAUUAAGAUUUAAUAUUGCCAUAUAUGGAAACAGGAAAUGCCUGAUUUGUUGCUGGCUGAUUGAAAUCCUAAAAAAUUGCAUAAUUAUUGCCGUGAGUAGAGGAGGUGUCCACGUGAUGGACAGAUACAGAGCUGCUCUUUGUUUGUCGUUAUAAAAGAGAUAUUUUUUUCUCCAGACUCCCAUUCGUUGUGCAGGUCCAACACACUUUAUUAACUAAUAAGUAUUGCGUGCGCCCAGCAUCACGGGUUAUAUCUGACUAUAAAAAUGUUACACGGAACCAGGUUGAGCAGGGCAUACUGAAAAGCACUCGCAGUGUUUGAGUCCGCACUAAUCAACUUAGUGUGUGUUGUGUAAGUAGCCAGACGUGGAUUAACAGUCGUCAGCACAGAAAGGGCAAGUACUGUUAAACAGCACAGAACAUGGGCCACAGAUCCAUUAAUGACCUGCACUGAUGCCUCUGCAUGUCAGAGCUUCAUGUAUAUUAAUAGAUUACAGGUGCUAAUCUCUUAGAUCAUGAUCUGAUCCGCAGGGAUCCGUCAGUUAUAUAACAGCAGUUAUUUUAGUUAAAGUGCUCGAUAACCUAAGUUAACAUUUUGCCAUCUAAGGCAGCACUGCAGGUGACAAUAUGUGGACAUUAAGCUAGAACAGCUGCUGGACCUGCGGGUGGUGUUUGUGUCAACAUUCACAAUAUUUUGUGCAAAAUAAUCUUUUGGCUGCUUUUUUUUUGUCACCACUUUUAGCCUUAGAAUGAAUAAAUUAAAAACAAGACAGUAAAUACCCCCCAUUCCCCAUCUCAGUAUAGUGUACAUAAUGGAGAGGUUUGGGUUGUGUCAAGUCCCAGUGUGUGUUUAAUCAGAUAAUGGAAAACAGGUGAAUAUUUUUGUAUUUAUUAUACAUUUGUAACCAAAAA